GAGAGCGGAGCGGUCCAGAAGGGGAGAGGGACGGGGACCCGGAGGAGCCGUCCCCAUGGCCGACUCGAAGACCCGACGGGUCCCGGACACCUUCACCGAAAGCCCCAGUACUGGUUUGGGCCCAUGUGGAUGGAUUUUAGUGGUGGUUUCAUUUAUCUUCACCGUUAUUACGUUCCCCUUCUCAGUAUGGAUGUGCAUAAAGAUCAUAAAAGAGUAUGAGAGGGCCAUUAUCUUUCGACUGGGGCGCAUCUUGCAAGGGGGAGCAAAAGGGCCAGGUUUGUUCUUCAUCCUGCCUUGCACUGACAGUUUCAUCAAAGUAGACAUGAGGACAAUUUCAUUUGAUAUUCCUCCACAGGAGAUUCUCACCAAGGAUUCCGUGACAGUCAGUGUGGAUGGCGUGGUUUAUUACCGGGUUCAGAAUGCCACCUUGGCUGUGGCCAAUAUUACCAACGCUGACUCCGCCACCCGACUUCUGGCACAAACCACAUUACGAAAUGUCCUGGGCACCAAGAACCUCUCUCAGAUUCUCUCUGACCGUGAAGAGAUCGCACACAAUAUGCAGGCCACUCUGGAUGAUGCUACAGAUGACUGGGGGAUCAAAGUGGAGCGGGUGGAGAUUAAAGAUGUGAAGUUACCCGUGCAACUCCAGAGAGCUAUGGCUGCUGAAGCAGAAGCUGCCCGGGAAGCCAGGGCCAAGGUCAUUGCUGCUGAGGGGGAAAUGAAUGCCUCCAGGGCUCUGAAAGAGGCCUCUAUGGUCAUCACCGAAUCCCCCGCCGCCCUCCAGCUCCGCUACCUUCAGACUCUCACCACCAUUGCUGCAGAGAAGAACUCCACCAUCGUCUUCCCUCUGCCCAUCGAUAUGCUGCAGGGCAUCAUGGCCAAGCACUAACCUGCAGAGCUGGAGGCAGGAAGCCGGGGCUGGCCACAGUGAACCGGAGCGAGGGCUGGAACCUGCGAGGAGCGAAGGCGGGGAAAUCUAAGCCCGGCUCUAACCCUUUUUCUUCCGUGACAUGUUGACUUCGAUGUGCUUAGGGCGUAAAGUAAUCACAAAGCGACGUAAAAAUUGUUAGUUGCUACUUCUGAAGGAGGUCAAACUGUUUAUAUAUGAAACCUGCUUUAAAUUUUCAAAUGUAUAUUUUUUAUUUUCCCCAGGUUUUUUUUGAUAAUCCUUUUUGUAGCUUAAAUCCUUCCCCCAAUGGCCAUUUUUUAAAGUUCCUUUUUUUUUUUUUUGAGUUUUAGCCGCACUAAUCAUCCAUCUCGGGAGUCCAGAACAAGAACUUCCCUUGCAAUAGCAGAUACCCAGAGGGCACUGUUAUUAUGGAAUAGAUUUUGUUCUAGGUUGGGCACUCUCCUUCUAGGCAAAUUUUUCCUAAAGUCUCAUUCAUUUUCAAACCACCCCACCCCUUCUCUACCCCAACACUAUAAGGGAUAGUGACUCUUUUUUCUCUUUCCUACCCAUGGUGUUGUGGGGAGCGUCCUGAUUUUGCCUCCCUAGAGUAUGGAGACUGUUUCCAAGCAAACCACCACUCUGUCACCAUGGCUGCAGUUGAGUGGUCGUCAUAGAAACCCUGCCCAGUUGCAGGCGGUCUUUGCUUUUGGAAAAGACUAACCCGAUAACUUCAAGGCCUCUAAGACCUUUUUUAGACUAACUUUGCUUUGUAUUCUGAAAUAGAAAUGUUUUAUAAAUUGUUCCAAGCCUCAACUUUAGUGUUUAUCGUUGUCUUUCAGACCCUCUAUAUAAUCACUAAAGGACUUGUGUAUCUUCUGGUGGCAAUUUUUUAAUAGUUUUGCUUAAAAAUGACAGUAAUCAUGCAAUGACUAAGCUUUUCUAUAUCUGGUUGGGGGAUUAGGGACUCUGGUUGUCUUUUAGUUUCCUCUGUUUACCCCUACAUGACAUACCAGUGCACAUUGGGAACAUUCCUGGGCCCGUUUUUAUCAGCCAUGUUUCCUUAAAGUAUGUAAACUGGGUGUCCAGCCCUGUAUGGUUUUUUUUUUUUUCAUGGUUAAAGGACAAAUCAUGCCAAUUGAAUGAUUAAAGAAUGAGGCACUAAGCAACACUUCCUUUUGUAACAACAAUUUGCAUCUAAAUUCCAAAUUCAAUACCAUCCUUUUACUUUUUUCCAUUGCUUUUCACUUUAAGGAGGAAAAACCUGAUGGCCCGGCAUGGGUGACCAUGCCCCUACACUAUCUCCUUUGUGAGGCCGAAAAUUGUCCUGGAGACAGUGAGAUGAGCUGCUGCUCCUCAAACAAACAAACAAACAACCAAAAAAAUAAACCACCCUCUGGGGUCCCAAUGGCCUGGGCCAGCUGAUUUUGAAAAACCUCCUCUGACCCCUUCCUUCAUGCAAGAGCUGGGUAUGUGGAUCUCUAUUAGAAAUCUUCGGAUCUUCUUAAGAUUUAAACUCAAGUUUUGUUUUAAAUUUUAAUUCUUAUUGUUUUGGAAUUUGUUUAUAACAUUCUCCUUGGAUUAUGCGGCUUGAGGUUCUUGUCAAGGAUCUCGUCUCAGGCCUAGGAGGGGGCUGUACCUUUCUGAUCUUCUUUACUCUCAAUCCCAAAAUGCCCUCAUUUCUGGCUUCCCAGCAGCACAGUGGAUUAUAGGUUUGGAUGAUCCAAUAUGAUGGAGAAGGACUGGAGAUCAGAAAGGAAAUUAUAGUAAGACGCUACUGUAAGAAUUCACCUAGGGCCUGCAUUUCCUAUUAUAUAUAGAAUAAAGUAUACAGCUUUCCAUUGG